AUGCCAACCGAUGCUGAACUCGAUCUCACAUCUUGGCCAGAUGAAAAACUGGCUGAAAAUGCUGGAGAUGGGCAGGUACUCUGGGAUGCCAAGUCCCAGGAAUGCAGAUGUCGUCUGCAUCUGAUGAUGGAAGAGGAGGCUCAUCAGCGUGAGGCAGAGGAGUCUGCCAAGAGGGAGGCCAAGGAGUGGCAGAAGAGAGAGAAGGAGGCUAGGGUGAAGGAACUCACCCAGAAGGUUGUGCCCUGGAUAGGGCUGGUUACACCAGAGGCUGUGGACCAUAGGGGAGGGUCAUGGGGACCCGGGAGUCAUCCCCUGACAGUUACCCUGGUGGAGAAUCUACAGGCUCCUGUGUCCAAUGGGAAAUCUGAGGAGGCGGUUGGUGGUGAUGGGGAGGUGAAGGUGGAGAAGGCAAGUGGUGUUGCGGCGAGUAGGAAGUUGCCGGAUCGUCCUGCCAUCAAGGUAGAUGAGAACCUCAAGGAUGAGUUGGAAGAGGUGUUGGAGUUGGGUGAUUGUCAGGGUACCGAGCUGCUCGGACUCUAA